AUGCCUGAGCCCACAAAGUCUGCGCCAGCCCCGAAGAAGGGCUCCAAGAAGGCCGUGACCAAGGCGCAGAAGAAGGACGGCAAGAAGCGCAAGCGCAGCCGCAAGGAGAGCUACUCGGUGUACGUGUACAAGGUGCUGAAGCAGGUGCACCCCGACACGGGCAUCUCCUCCAAGGCCAUGGGCAUCAUGAACUCGUUCGUCAACGACAUCUUCGAGCGCAUCGCGGGCGAGGCUUCCCGCCUGGCGCAUUACAACAAGCGCUCGACCAUCACGUCCCGGGAGAUCCAGACGGCCGUGCGCCUGCUGCUGCCCGGGGAGCUGGCCAAGCACGCCGUGUCCGAGGGCACCAAGGCCGUCACCAAGUACACCAGCUCCAAUAUCCCGUGGAACAAAUUUUAUUGUCUUCCUUCUUUUAAAGUUGAGGAAAUUAAAUGAGAAAGAACUACACUGAAGUCAUAAAUUACAUCCUGUCUUGUGUGAAUGGAAAAAAA